CUUGACCGUCGCCGCUCAUCGCACUAGAGUGUGGUAGAGGCUGUCCUGGAUGUCGUCCGACUUGGAUGAGCUGCUGAUGUGGGGUGAGGGUGAAGGUGAGAGCGAGGACGAGGGAGAGUGGGGCCAAAUGUGGGAGGAUGCCGCCGAGGACUCGGACGAGGACUUUGAGUUUGAGCUGGUGUCGACGGUGCCGUCCAAGACCGCGCCUGACACCUCAGAGGCUGCCGAUGACGACGUACUGGCGUUUGGAACAGAGACCGAUGGCUCAUUUGACUUUGCCGCUCUCGCCUCUGGCAGCGAGCAUGGCGCUGGCGAUGAUUCGGACAGCUCCAUCAACUUUGGCGACUUUGGCUCAGACUCGGACGACGAUAAUCAUAUUGCCGUUGACAGGACCAAGCCCGGCACCCGAGCUGUUGCUACUCCCAGCGAUGACGACGACGAUGACUCGUUCGACUUUGCUGCCCUUGGCUCCGACUCGAGCGAUGACAGCUCGAUCAACUUUGGCGACUUUGCCUCCGACUCUGAUGACGACGGCGGGAAGACCAAGGCCAAGACCAAGACCAAGCCUGCGGCGCGAGACGACAGCAGCGAUGACGAGAGCUCGUUUGACUUUGCAGCUCUUGGCUCGGACUCGUCCGAGUCGGAGCCGCUCUCACUGGGCGGAGACGAUUCGACCGGCUCACUCUUUGACUCGUCAAACUCGGCUGGCGCCAAGCCAGCAAGAAUGGCGCCCACCUCGAUGCGGGCCGAGGCGUCCGGCCGGACCAAGCCUCCGCCCAAGACCAAAGCCAAUGCGACGGGGCUCUUGGCUCCACGCCGCCCGCUCUCGCCGCCCGAGUCGCUGGCGUCGCUGGCGUCGCGGGCAUCACGGGCUUCACGGACCUCGCGCCGAUCACGGACCUCGCGCCGAUCACGGGCGUCGCGGACCUCACGCCGGGCAUCAUCGCACCGCCGGCUCUAUACUUACUCGGACGAGUACACAUACUCGGACUACGACCCGUACUACACGUACUCGGGAUACUCGGACGACUACUACUACGACGAUGAAGCGUCGUCGUAUCGACACCGGCUGUCGCGAAAGACCCAGCCUAAUCCACUUGGCGAUCUUGACGCCCGCAUCGAACGGGCCGAGCUCCGCCGAGCCCUGGAGCGUGAGCGGAUCCGCAACGCACAGCUGGAGCGUAUGGCUUCGCCCAACAUGGCGUUACUAGCCGGCUCGCUACCGCUCGACGAGGAGCUGGCGGUCGCGAGCACGCCGCGGAGCCAGGAGGCCGAGAUCGAGCGGCUCCGCCAAGAGAAUGCUCGUCUGGCGCAGCUGGCGCUCACUGCCGCCCAGCAACAAGAGGCCCAGGUCAAGAUGCAGACCGCUCAGAUGCAGGCUCAGAGCAUGUAUGCCACACCGCGGACGCCUGCUGCGCAAGCGUCGCUGAUGAUGGCGCACUCGCCGGCCCAGGUCCAGCAAGUGCCGUACUCGCCUUCGCUCCCUCCGCAGCUCGCGUCCGACGCAUUCUUUGCCUCAUCUCACUACGUCUCGCCACACUUUCACCUUCGAUGA